AUGGUAACACUCAUGUUGGCUGAAAAGAACGAUGAGUUACUAAUCAAAAACCAUAAUUCCCGACCUACGGGAGCCAAGGCAUUUCCCGAAGUGAAUGCUACGGCGGUAGAAUAUUCGGGAAGGAGAAACCAGACCAACCGAGGUCGUGGUCGGCGUUUCAACAACAAACGUGGAAAGCCUUACUAUCCUAAAAGUAUUAGAUCUAACAAAUGGGUUAGAUCUGAACAACCUCCUAAAGGCAAAGAAACCGAAGAGGAUACCACAAAGAAAAGUGAGACUGUAUGUUACAGAUGUGGAUGUAAAGGACAUUGGUCCCGUACCUGUCGUACUCCCCCACAUUUGUGCAAGUUAUAUCAAGAAUCCAUAAAAGGAAAGGCUAAAGAGGUGAACCUCACAGAAAAUGUUGAAGGGACUUCAUACCUUGAAUCCUCCGACUUCGCUAAUGAGCUGGACUAG